AUGACAAAACAAAUCGUGGUUAAUGCAUUUGCUAUGGGAUGUUCAGGUCUUCAAUCACCAGGAUUAUGGAAACAUCCAAAAGAUCAAUCAUCAAAUUUUGAUACAUUAGAAUAUUGGGUAGAUUUAGUUAAAUUAUUAGAAAAGGGGAAAUUUAAUGCAUUGUUUUUAGCUGAUGUAUUAAGUCCUUAUGAUGUUUAUGAUGGACCUGGGAAUUUCGAACCAGUUGCUAAAUCAGGUGCUCAAUUUCCUGUUAUUGAACCAAGUGCAAUUAUUUCAUUAUUAGCUAGUGUUACUAAAAAUUUAUCAUUUGGUAUUACUUUUAGUACAAUUUCUGAAGCACCAUAUCAUUUCACUAGAAGAUUAGCCACAUUGGAUCAUUUGACUAAAGGUAGAGUUGGUUGGAAUAUAGUUACAAGUUAUUUAGAUAGUUCAGCUAGAAAUUUAUUAAAUAAUGAAAAUUUACCAUUAAGAACUGAACGUUAUGAAAGAGCUGAAGAAUAUUUACAAGUUGUUUCAAAAUUAUUAUUAUCAAGUUGGAGAGAUGAUGCAGUUGAAAAAAAUCCUAAAACUGGAAUUUAUUCAAAUCCUGAAAAGAUUAGAAAGAUUAAUCACAAGGGAAAAUGGUUUAAAGUACCAGGACCUUCAAUUACACAUCCAACACCACAAAGAUUACCAGUAUUGUUACAAGCCGGUGCAUCAUCAGAGGGGAAAGAUUUUGCAGCAAGAAAUGCAGAAGUUAUAUUCUUAACAAAUUUUACACCAGAAACUUUAGGUUUAAAUAUCCAGGAUAUUAAAACCAUUGCAAAGGAGAAAUAUGGUAGAAACCCUGAAGAUUUAAAAUUUUUAACUUUAGUAACAGUUAUAAUUGGUGAUACUCAUGAAGAAGCUGAAUUAAAAUUUCAAGAUUACAAAAAAUAUGGUGAUUUAGAAGGUGCCCAAGCUUUAUUUAGUGGAUGGACAGGUAUUAAUAUUGGACAAUUUGAACCUCACGAAGAAUUAAAAGAUGUUGGUAGUAAUGCUAUAAGAGGUAUUGUAUCAAAUUGGACAAAAGUUGGACCAGGUGAAGAUCCAAAUUUUAAGAAAACUAGGGAAUCUGUUGCCAAACAAAUUACAGUUGGUGGAUUAGGUCCAGUUUUCUAUGGUACAGGUGAAGAAGUUGCAGAUACUAUUGCCAGAUGGGUUGAUAUUAGUGAUGUUGAUGGGUUUAAUUUCACUUAUGCUGUAUCACCUGGUAGUUUUGAAGAUAUAGUUUAUAAAUUAUUACCAAUCUUGAGGGAAAGAGGAAUUGUAUGGGAUGAUUAUCCACAGAAACCAAAUGGUGAGACUUUAACAUUUAGAGAGAAUAUAUUUGGUGUUGGUGAAGAUUUUGUUAAAAAGGAACAUUUUGCUUAUGAUUUAAGAUGGAGAUCUAAUGAAUCAAAGCAAGAAUUUGAAGAAAGACAAACUAGUGAUGGUUCAGAUUUUGAAAGUAAUAAAAGACAAAAAGUUUAG